UCCAGCCUUACAUUAUCAGAUAUCUCUCGCUCUUUCUCUUUCAACUUCACUCCUACAGGAACAAAGCACCAUGGAUCCCUCAAAUAAUGCAAGCCCAAUAAGAUCACGUCUGAAGGAGCUCGUGACAAGUACAGGAGGAGUUGCUGAUUUAGAGAUGCAAAGCAUGGGUUCUGAAGAAGCAGAUGGCAGCAGCUGGUCCUCUACUUCUGGUUCUUCGCGGUUGGAAAGUCAUGAAGCAUCGUCGUCUCUAAGGUUUGGUUCAGAAGUUUCAGAAUCGUUGGGGACAACAGAAGAAGAAAAUUACGUUGCAUGCAAACAUGUUGGUUGUGUGUCAAAGAGGGAGGGCGUUCUCUUGACAUGGAGAGAGCUGUGGGUUACUGUGGCAGAUGGGAAAAGAGGGCGCGCGCGCUUGCCGAUACUUCAGGGGGUUACUGGGUAUGCUGAACCCGGAGAGGUACUGGCUAUCAUGGGGCCUUCUGGCUCCGGCAAGUCAACUCUGUUGGAUUCUUUGGCAGGGAGGUUAAGUUCAAAUACGCAGCAGACUGGGGAGAUCUUGGUAAACGGAAACAAAGAAACACUUGCUUUUGGAACUUCGGCGUAUGUGACUCAAGAUGACACCUUAAUGACAACGCUAACAGUAAGGGAAGCUGUAUACUACUCGGCACAGCUCCAACUGCCUGACUCAAUGACAAGAUCCGAGAAGAAGGAAAGGGCGGAGAUGACUAUAAGGGAGAUGGGCUUGCAAGACUCCAUGGAUACAAGAAUAGGAGGCUUGAGCGGUGGGCAAAAGAGGAGGGUGAGCAUUUGUAUUGAAAUCUUGACGCGCCCGAAGCUCCUUUUCCUUGACGAGCCUACAAGUGGGCUGGACAGCGCAGCAUCUUUCCAUGUCAUGAACCGCAUCACCAAGCUAGCUCGUCAAGAUGGAAGAACUGUUAUUGCAUCAAUCCAUCAACCGAGCAGUGAAGUUUUUGAGCUCUUCAGCAAUCUCUGCCUCCUUUCCACUGGCAUGACAGUCUAUUUUGGCCCCGUUUCGAUGGCAGAAGAGUUUUUUGCUUCAAAAGGCUUCCCAUGCCCAAGUUUGAGAAACCCAUCUGAUCACUACCUUAGAACUAUCAACAAGGACUUUGAUGCAGACAUCGAAAAAGGGUCUGAUGGCACAACAAGCACCGAGGAAAUCAUUAAUAUUCUGGUGAAGUCAUACAAGUCAUCUGGGACAUUCCAGCAAGUUCAACAGGUUCUAUCUAAGAUAUCCCAACAGAAAGGAGGAACUUUGGAGAAGAAGGGAAGCCAAGCAAGCUUCCUUACCCAGUGCCUAGUUCUGACAAGGAGAUCUUUUGUGAACAUGUAUCGUGAUCUAGGCUAUUAUUGGCUUCGCCUCUCAAUCUAUAUUGCAUUGUGUUUAUGUGUAGGGACUAUAUUCUAUAACAUUGGCUUCAAUUUUGCCUCAAUCCAGGCUAGAGGUUUAAUGCUGAUGUUUAUUGCGGCCUUUCUCACUUUUAUGGCAAUUGGUGGAUUCCCCUCUUUUGUGGAGGACAUGAAGAUAUUUGGGCGAGAAAGAUUAAAUGGGCACUACGGCGUUGGCGCGUAUGUGGUCGGAAACACAUUAUCUUCUAUUCCUUACUUGCUUAUCAUCUCCUUAGUUCCUGGAGCAAUAGCUUAUUACCUUGUUCAAAAGAAUUUCCAACACUUUGCCUUCUUCGCACUGCUACUCUUUGCAUGCAUGAUGUUGGUCGAAAGCCUAAUGAUGAUCGUCGCGAGUAUAGUGCCAGAUUUUCUCAUGGGUAUCAUCACUGGCGCCGGAAUACAAGGCGUGAUGAUGUUGGGUGGAGGUUUCUUCCGGCUACCGGACGAUCUUCCUAAGCCUUUUUGGAGAUACCCAAUGUACUAUAUUUCAUUCCAUAAGUAUGCAAACCAAGGAUUCUACAAGAAUGAGUUUGAAGGAUCAACGUUCCAUAAUAACCAAGUAGGAGGGUCACCUACCAUCACUGGUGACGAUAUCUUGCGAAAUACUUGGCACGUAGAGAUGGCUUACUCCAAGUGGAUUGAUCUUGUUAUUUUGCUGGGAAUGGUGGUAUUAUAUAGGCUCAUGUUUUGGGGAAUUAUAAAGACUGUCGAAAAGGUUAAGACGAUUAUUAAAGCUCUUGGAGUUGUGCCUCCCAAGCAUUCGAAGCAGAUCAUAGAGAACUCCUCAUCAUCCGAAGCAAGGACGUAGUGUACGUCUGAAAGUUUUUGAUGUUGAUGAAUUUUUUCUGUAGCUACCUUACCUUUCAUUGAAUUUAUACACAUAUAUACACAAUAUCGCUUAUCUAUCUACGUUUGAAUUACAAUAGUGUUGAAGCUAACAAUAAAUCUCAUUCAAAUUCAAAUGACACCAAGAAUCUCGGAUCACAUUUGAAUUCGAAAGUCUGAUUGUAUACUCUCUCUUUUAGACAUUCUGUAAACAACAUUGCAACAGAACAUAUCUUGUAUAACAAACAUUCAUCUUGUAUUUA